GCCGGGUGUGUAAACCCGGAAGGAAAACAGAGCAACAACAACAAAAAAUAGACAGUUAUAUCACUUUUAUUGCGGCUCCAGCGGGUAAAUUAGAUGUGCAGGGGAAGCAGGUUGAGGGCGAGUUGUAAGAAAAAAUCUCCCUCAGGUGUGUGUUUUGGAGCCCGAGCCUACGCUGGCCGUCUGCUGGCAGAGGGACGGACUGAAGCAGGAGCAGCAGGAUGUCUGGACAGAAUGAGUCUUGCUGGUUUGGAGAUGAAUCUUCAGGUGUCCUCAAGUGUCUCCUCAUGGCCUUUGAGGACUGGAUGGCUUGGGAAAAUCUUCAGGACUACCUCAGCUUCCUGGAGUACCUACUGUGGGUGUUCACGCCCCUGGCCAUCGUCUUCAUCCUGCCCUUCAUCAUCGUCAUCCUGCUCUACCUGUCCAUCCUCUUCCUGCAUGUGUACAAGCGAAAGAAUCAGCUGAGAGAGGCCUACUCUAAUAACCUGUGGGAUGGUGCCAGGAAGACGCUGGCCACGCUGUGGGACGGCCAUGGAGCCAUAUGGCACGGGUAUGAAAUUUAUGGUUUAGAGAAGAUUCCAGAAGAAGGCCCUGCCCUCAUUGUCUACUAUCACGGAGCGAUUCCGAUAGACUACUACUACUUCCUGGCGAGAGUGAUCAUUCAGAAAGGCCGCAUGUGUCACUCAGUGGGUGAUCACAUCCUGUUCAAGAUCCCAGGGUUCAAGCUGCUGCUGGAGGUGUUCAGUGUGAUCCAUGGGCCGCAGGAGGAAUGUGUGAAGGCUCUGCGCAGCGGUCACCUGAUGGGAAUCUCUCCAGGAGGUAUACGGGAGGCUCUGUUCAGUGACGAGAUGUACCCGCUGCUGUGGGGCAAACGCAAGGGCUUUGCACAAGUGGCCAUUGAUUCCAAAGUGCCAAUCAUUCCCAUGUUUACUCAGAACGUCCGGGAGGGAUUCCGCACUGUGGGAAAUUUGAGAUUCUUCAGGUGGAUGUAUGAGAGGUUUCGUUUGCCGAUUGCGCCUAUCUACGGAGGAUUCCCGGUCAAAUUCCGCACUUACCUCGGCGACCCCAUUCCCUAUGAUCCCAAACUCACAGCAGCCGAGUUGGCAGAAAAGGUGCAGGCAGCAGUUCAGUUGCUUAUCGACCGACACCAAAAGGUACCCGGCAGCAUCCUGCGAGCACUCCUGGAGCGAUUCCACACACGCCCCAAAGACGAAUAACACUCCCUUCUUUCUGGUGCUCGUCGACCAAUCACAUAGCAGACCUGAAGAAGAACAGCACGGCUUUCUCUCAGGCUAAAAAAAAAACCCACUAUGACUUAUUCCCAGCAUAAUUUAACAGAGAACUGGAAGUGUUGGAAGUGUUACGAAAUUAAUAUCAUCUAUGUGUGUGAUAUCUUGAUGUUACUGAUAUUUGUGGUACGGACACAUCAGUGUCACAGGGAAAAAAAAAAAAGGGAUAUCUUAUAACGGUGUGUGUUGUCUCGCGUGCAUGUUGAAGUGAAAGGCUGUGCAUCGUGUGUGGGUUUUUUUUUUCUUUUUUUAAAAUCCGUGACUUAUUUGCACACUUUGCUCGUUUCUGAAGGACCACUGCCAAAACAAACGAGGCCUUUUGGUUACUUGAUGUCGAAUCAGGAUUUAAGGCUGAAAUGGCUUUUAGAUCUGGUGUGAUUUUAAAAUUAAUGUAAUUCUUACAUAAAGUGAUGAUUGAGGGAAUAAUGGAAAAGCCUUUUUUUUAAUGAAACGUACUGUGAUUAUCUGUGAUUUGUGACUGAAUGGGACAUAUUUGAACAAGGAGAUGCAGGUUCAGAGUCAUUUGGCUCAAAAUCUUUCGGACUGUUUGAGAUUUUGCUUGUGGUUUUAAGAUGGCACGGGUCUGCUAAACUCCUGAUGCUUGAUGAUAAUGAGAAUAAUAAUAAUAAUAAUAAUAAUAAUAAUAAUUUAUUACUAUUAUACGCCAUGAGUUGUUGCAUUUAAUGAUGGAAAUUGCAACAUUCUGGGACGAUGAACACUUUGACCAGCACAACAACUAAUGAGCAUCAUGAGUAUGUUUUAUAGCUGCGAUCUUAUUGCAUCAAACUUCUCAAAGGUGUUUAAAUGUGUGUGAAUUUUCUGAACAGGAAAAAUACAUACAGUGCAUAAAUACAGUACUUUUAUACCAAGUUGCCAGUUUUAAUAGAUGCAUCUACCUUCUAGAGAUGAUCAUUGACCAUUUUAUGAUGUAACCCAAGUCAUGUUGUGCUGUUAUAGGAAAAUAAUCAACUACAGGGCGGUAUAAUGAAACUGAGUUACUGUUACCGCAAAUAAGUUUUCCAGUAUGACAUGGAGUGUUUUAUUCCUUUUGCACCACAACGAUUUGCCAAUGAUUACAAUUUUUCAACAAAUAUGUAUGUAAUACUUUUUUUUAUCCAUUUACAGUUACAUCUCAUGUUACGGAACGUCUGGAAAAGAUGUUCCUUUUAGCACUAAUGUUAUAGCAGCUAUAAACAACCAGCCACAAGUCUAUACAGAAAGUUACUAUAGAAACAAAUAACAUUAGGAAGAGUGUAUUAAUAUAAACCUAAUCAAUGCCUUCUGUCCAAUCAGUAAUUGUACAUAUACGUAGUGGGUGGAUCUGAUAAACUGGCAGCUCGGUAUACGUGUGUGUGUGUGUGUGUGUGUGUGUGUGUGUGUCCAUGCAUUUAUAAAGCAUUGUAGCUGGCAUAAAUGAAAUGUCCAACUGCCUUUUGUUAUUCUCGAACUUUCCAUCCGUCUGUAAUGUUGUUCUUAAUGAAUGAAUGAACGAAUGUGUUCUGCGUGAUGCAGGUGAUGAGCUCAUCGUGAGCAUUUCUGAGCUUAAAGUUUUUCUUUCAUGGAUUUGGAACUGUGAGCAUGAAACACGUCGAUGCAAAGCUCAUCCCUUAGACCAUCGUGCAGCGUCUGACCCUGUACAGAUCCAUCCGGUGUUGCAUUAAUUGUAGAUCAAAAAAUGCUGAGAAUAAAACUUAUUUUUUGAUAAA